UAUUUCUCAUUUACCAUUGGCAGUCGUGAGAUCAGAUCUAGAACCAAGCAAAUGUUGGUGUUCGUGGGGAUAUUCUUCCGAUGUUUCUUGUAUACAUACCACCACCAACACAUGAACCAUUGGAGGACCCGAUUAUUGUUUGAAGUUCAAUGUCUUGUGAGUUCUACUUCGAUAGAGCCACUACCACCAGAUACUUCCUGUUGAGAACUUUUUACGCGGAGGAUAAAUGACUUCCAGUGAUGAAGGUCCUCACUUCUUUUACACUGGUCUAUUGAAAAUGCGCGUUAAGUGUUCAGUACCCAGAACCCUUGCAGACUCUUAGCAAUAGCAGUUCGGCUUGUUUUGGUACACACACCCAUUUCCGGACCUCGUGCGAACACUUGUCAAACACUGUCGUCGCAGUCUUCGCAUUGAAAGUUGGUUCCAAGCCAAUAUAUCAGAAUUGUCCAGACUUUGUCGAAGACACUGAUACGGUCAAUGACACAUGCUGUAUGCCAGAAGAUGAAGAUUGCAUAUUUGACUAUGACUACACUAAUUCCGGUCUAGAUUACAAAUAUCACAAGUUGUGUUCCGGGUUCCAUUCCUGUAGAGAAAUUACCGCGGUGGCUCGCGCAGAUACUGCAUGUUUACCGGGUCAGGAGAAGGCUGACUACAUGAAUCAAACCACUUACAUGUUCAUGGACUUCGCUUGUAUCAGUUCCCCUAAAAUUUACCAAUUUGGUAAAAACAUUUCGAAUAUACAGGCCGAAGAACCAAUCUACCUGCAAUCCCCGCAUUAUACGGAAGAGACGUCGAAUAAUUCCCUGAAUACACUGUGUACAGUAUCCGCUGAGGGAGGCAAUGUAACAUUUUACACUUUAGAUAUUCGCUUUGGAUGUGGCGAUUCUAAUGAUGGAUCCCUAAUUGUUACGGAUGAAACAAACACAAACAUUUUCAACUGCUCAAAUUUCAGCCCCUUUAAGUAUUCAAUACAAACGUUUGGAAGCAUUGUCAAUAUUUCUUUGAGCGCUGAGACCAGCGACCCGCCCUACGUUUGGGUCGGAUUCAAAGGUGGCGGCUUAUCUUUAACAUGCGUGGAUAUUCCUUUAGACAGAACAUCAACCUCAACAACAACAACAACAACAACAACAACAACAACAAAAGCAUCAGUAAUAUCGACAACAACUAAAGCAGCAGCAACAUCGACAAGUAAACCAUUAAACGGUGACUAUUGGAUCAUCAUCGGAGCAGUAGGCGGAAUAGUUUUAAUCUUCAUUAUUCUUCUCCUUUGCUUUUGCUGCAAAGGAUGCCCUCUUUACGACAAGUGUAAAAGACGAAAUGAAGUAGCACCUGACGAAAACGAGAUUUUAAAGAAUGAAGAAGAUUUGCAAGAUCAUGACGAUCAGAAUGUGACACCGGACUGGAUAACGCAGGAACAACCGAUGCCAUACAACCGUCUUCCUCCUUUGGCGACCACUUCCAUUCCUGCGAACACAAGCUUCCGGCUAAGAGAUGAUCCAACACGGUAUUUGGCAGCACACGAUCUACGAUAUAACGGCUCAGAGGAAAAGACGAAAAAGAAAAGGAAAAGAAAGAAGAAAAGAGAAAAGAAGGCAGAAAAGGACGAAGGGAGUGAGUUUGUGAAUUCCAUGCGCUCGGAUGACAUCGAGUUUAAUUUAAAUGACACGCAUACGGAACUCAACGGAGAAAUAUCUCGAAAAGGUGAUAAAUCUUCGACUGAUGUAUGAAGCUGCAAUCAAAUAUGUGAUUUAGAUAUAUAAUUCCUUAUCUUUAAAAGAUAUUACGAAAGUGUAUAUGAAACAUGUUUUGUGAUGUUAAUUUCUACCACUUUGUGACAAAGUGACAUUCAGUGUAUUUAAGUACAGUAUUAUACCUUUAAAUAGGCUUUCAGUAUUCGUUGUGUUUCUUUCUAAAAUAAAAUAAACGCAUGUUUUGAAUGCAAACAGC